AUGGCACGCCGCAAUGCUGCAAAGCACGUGAAGCAAGAUAUUCACAUUUGUGGUGCCGAAAAUCUUAAGAAAAAGCUUUCUGAGACCAGGAAGCCAAGUGUUUCUGCUGCAAUGCCUGCUGGCCAUCCUGAUCCUUCACUUCCCCCCACCGGUCAAGACGACUUCAGCAUCGAUUUCGAUUACGUGGAUGACACACCUAUCGACAUACAAGCUGAUGGACUGCCCAUGGUGCCCGAAACAGCGCCAGAUGAUAUGGAUUCCGAAUAUCCAUUAGCCGAUCUCUGGAACAAGAUCAUCAGCAGUCGAACACUCCAGCUCGAUAAUGAAUUUCCGGACCUGUUUGCUGAACUGCAGGCAUCUGUUGCCUCGGGACAAAUUGCCAUCUCAACACCCAUCGUUCCCACCAACAAGGAGUGUGAGCUUAUUGACGACAGCGCGCCUGACUUCGGUAUUGAAAUUCCUGCGGUAUUUGCAGAUGAUCCGCUUCUUGAACCUGCAAACACUAACUACAACGUCUCUCCGGAUCAUCCCUUGUAUCCCUGGCCAUCGAAAGCACAUUUCAUCACAUCCCUCUUGUUUAGCUCCCCACGGCUUCCGUUCUCUGAAGUCCAAAAGAAGGCGGUCUUGAAUUGGGCCAAAGAACUUGGUGUGCGAAGCCUUCCCUCACUCGGCGCGAUGAAGAAGUGUCAGAGUCAUCUGCAGGAUCUCAUAGGAGAUCCGACCAAGAAGGUCACAUCUCACUCCGGAAACACAUUCUACAUCAACAGUGUUGCGAGAGCAAUUGCAAAAGACUACGCUAAUCCCCUCACUUGUCUUGCGAUGCAAGACUAUCCAGAGGAUGGCGGAAAGGGGAUGUCACAAGUAUUCAAUGGGAGUAAAAUGUUGUUCGAUCUCCCGUCGCCGCCAGCGGUUCAGGUGGACAGGACCGUGUAUUUUACGGACGAACUGUUGCAGGAGUCUUCAGGAGGCUAUUUCAUCCCAAAACGAUUCUUUCUGGCUGCUGCUGACAUCCCCACCGACACUACUGAAUACUGCAAGCAAUCAGAUAAAGUGCUAUAUGCAUUGGGUCGAGCUGCUGAACGGACAGAGGCCGGGUUCAUUGUAAGUGACAAUGAGGAGAUUAUCCCAACGUCUAUGUUUGUAUGA